CUCCCAACUUGUCCCAUUGGCCAUUGUCCAUGCGUCAUUUGCUGCCUUCACUUCUUGUCCUAAGCCCUCAACACAAACACAAGCAUUCUUUCUCUUCCUAUCUUCUCCCAACUUGAGAUUGAGUAACAAGAGAAAGUUUGGAAAAGUUUUGAGGGUAGAAGACCACGAUGCUGGGUGUGGCCACUCUUACUUUGGGUUCAUCAUCCACAUUGGUGGCUCAGAACCAUGCUCAACAACACCCCACCACCACUCUUGCCUCAGCCACUGGAACCAGAAGGCACACUGUUCCUAACAGGACUCACUCCUUGCCCAUGAGUUUGGUGUCUCCCACAAACCAAAAUUGCACCUUUCUCUCUUCCUUCAGUGGACCAACAACACAUGCGCGCCCCUUCACUACAGCUGUUGCUUCUGUGGAUUCUGACCAGCUCAAUUCAUCUGAUCCUCCCACCAAGGAUGAAUCCAACAAGUAUUAUUUUGUUGUUGCAAAUGCAAAGUUUAUGUUGGAUGAGGAAGAGCAUUUCCAAGAGCAAUUGUUUGAGAGGCUUCGUCUCUUUGGAGAGCGUAAUAAAGAGCAGGAUUUCUGGCUUGUCAUUGAGCCUAAGUUCUUGGAUAAGUUCCCUAACAUUACCAAGAGAUUAAAGAGACCUGCUGUUGCUCUUGUGUCAACCAAUGGUACCUGGAUCACAUUCAUGAAGUUGAGACUGGACCGAGUUUUAUCCGAUAGUUUUGAAGCUGAGAGCCUAGAAGAAGCAUUAGCUUUCAAUCCUACUAAUCUGGAGUUUGAGAAGCCUGAAAAAUGGGUGGCACCGUAUCCUAAAUAUGAAUUUGGGUGGUGGGAACCCUUCUUGCCCCCUGUUCAGAAAGAGGUGAAGCCUUAAGAUAUUAUUUAUCCACACUGUUUCAGUGCUUGGUAAAUCUUUUUCUCUAAUGGUUUUUGCUCAAGUGUAACUGGAUGGUAGUUGGAGUUGGCUAAAUUUGCAUUCAGUUUUGUAAUUUUUGGAAGGUAGUAUGUUUGUUAAAAUUGAUGUGUUGUCCUUAGGUUCUAAGUUCUAGGAAUUGCAUUUUAUGCCUCCAAAUGAGUUAAGUAUAGAUAUUGUUUGAGAUUGACGUAAGAUGUCCUAUGUUUCUAGAAAUGUAUGUGAAGGCCCGAAACUUAUUACAUCUUUUUGUCUUUUGAAUAAACUGACUUCUAUGGUAAA